AUGUCCCCAUAUCCACCCGUUUUGAAAUGUGAUGUUGAUUUGGCUCUUGCGCAUUCUCGCUUAGUCGCUAACGUCAUCUCAAAAACGCGAGAUGAUGCAAAGGUGACAUUCAAAGACGUCGGAGGGAUGAGAAAAGAAAAGGACAGACUAGUGGAGAUACUGAUAUGGCCAUCGAAGCUAAUUGCUACUACUCGCGUCUAUUCCGACAUAUUCCGUUCUUACGCAGUUCAAAUUGGAAAAGGGGUGCUUCUGCAUGGUCCUAGCGGUUGUGGUAAAACUCUGCUUGCUCGUGCAAUCGCUACAGAGUCCAAAUUCAGUUGCAUUUUCGUUAAGGGUCCAGAGCUUCUCUCAAAAUAUAUUGGAUCUAGCGAAGAAAAUGUGCGAAGUGUUUUUGAGAGGGCACGUGCAUCAGCACCUAGUAUCAUAAUAUUUGACGAACUAGAUUCUUUGGCUCCUCGACGAGGAAAUGACGCCACUGGCGUAACGGAUCGUGUUGUGAAUCAGCUUCUUACAGAAAUGGAUGGGGCUGAGGGCUUGGAAGGUGUGUUUGUAAUCGGAUGCACGAAUAGGAUGGACUUGAUAGAUCCAGCUUUACUUCGACCUGGUCGUUUUGAUCAUCUUCUGGAAUGCGGUGUCCCUGGCAAAGUAUGUUGCCGUAACGAAGUUUCCAUGAUAUUCAAUCAGCUUAAAUGA